AUGUCGUGUUCAAAUGGGACCUUCGAUUUUGGGGCUGACUUUGUAAACUUUGUAGUGAAAAACUCAAAGCUAUAUUUAUGCAUUGUGUUCACAAUCUGCGUUCCAGUGGUGCUGAAUAACUUAGUGGUGAUUAUUGUAAUCGUAAAGACAAAACUCCUUCGACAGAAGCACAACAUUUUUGUCCUAUCUUUGGCAGUAUGCGAUUGCAUGAUUGGUAUUUUGUAUGUCGUAAUUGUUAUAUGCUAUCACAAUAAAAUAAUUUUUAUCGACACUUAUGUUAUCAGUUACAUUUUAUAUUCAUUAAUUUUUACAUCGAUAUCGAAUGUUACUGCCGUGGCAGUGGACAGAUCUCUUGCGCUAGUGUUUAUACCUUUGCGCUAUGAAAGUAUCGUCACCAUUAAACGUCUUUUGGUGUCUUGCUUCUGUCUAUGGGUUGGGCCUCUUGCGAUACAACCAGUCCUACAUUUCUAUAGCGAGUCAGAAAUAGAUUUGCGAAUAUUUUCCACGACUUGUCUAAUUGCUUUGACAGCAACAGCUAUUUUCUAUUUGAUAAUAUACCAGAAGAUAUCAGAAUGUGACCAACGUCUAACGGCUAUGGGUGUCAAGGGUGUUAACUCAUCUACGAUACUUCUGAAGACCUUUUCAAUUAUAAUUGGAGUUUCCAUGAUAUUAUGGUUACCAUAUCUAGUUAUUAGCAUAUGUGUUUCAUUUCAGAAGAUCGCUUGUUCCUUUGGAACAUCGUAUGUUCUCGUGUACAUUAUAUCGCAUUUAAUUACGAUUGUAAAUUCACUAAUCAACCCAAUUAUUUAUUGGUGUCGACUUUCGGAUUUCCGUAACGCUGUCAAACACAUCUUUUGUCGACGAUGCAGUGUUUUGUCGCAAUACCGGGUAGGACGCGGUAGCAGCGCCCCACCCGGGCGCCCCAGAAUUUCCCUGACAGAAGGGGAAAAUCCCGACAGGCGAGAAAACGAUUAG